GCCGCGGCUCCGGGAGCCAGUCCGGGAGGCUCCGCUGCGCUCCACCCCGGUGGGAGGGCCCGGGGCGGCCGAGCGGAACGAGCAGCGAAAGCAGUAACAGCAGCAGCAGCACGAUGGGGCUGGAGUUGUACCUGGAUAUGCUCUCGCAGCCCUGCCGAGCCGUCUACGUCUUCGCCCGGGCCAACAACAUCCCCUUCGAGUUCAAACACGUGGACUUGAUGAAGGGGGAGCAUAGGACCAAGGAGUUCCAGAAGGUGAACAUGCUGAUGACAGUUCCUGCACUAAAGGAUGAUUCUUUCACCUUGGCAGAGAGCAUUGCCAUCCUCCUGUACCUGUCCCGUAAAUUCAAGACCCCUGAUCACUGGUACCCAGCUGAGCUGCAGAAGAGGGCUCGGGUUGAUGAGUACCUGUCCUGGCAGCACACCACCAUUCGUAUGAAGGCAGGCACUAUGAUGGUGCUUAAGAUGCUGCUGCCUGUCAUCACAGUUCCUGCAGAGAAAUUGCAGAGUUCGACUGAGGAGCUGAAUGUGGUCCUCAACCAGUUUGAGGAGAAGUUCUUGCAGGAUAAGCCUUUCAUCGCAGGCACUGAGGUCUCCCUGGCAGACCUUCUAGCGCUGGAGGACAUCUUGCAGCCUCUAAUUUUUGGCCAUGACCCCUUUGAGGGGAGGCCGAAGUUGGCAGCGUGGCGCAGGCGGGUGGAAGGAGCAGUGGGGCAGCAGCUCUGCCAGGAGGCUCAUGAAGUGCUGCUGAAGCCCAGCAGCCUCUCUGCUGAUCAGGUCCCAGCCGAAAUGGUGGAGGUUUUGAAGAAGAAGUACUUAAAAUAGGGCACCCAGGAUGAACAUGUUCUGCUCUAAGUAAAACUGAUUAUUUUGUGCUUUC